AUGUGGCAGAAAGAGGAGCAGGUGAUCCCUGUCGUUAUGAAUAGCAGCCUGCAUGACAAUAUCCAACAUUCGUGUUUUCUCUUGCGCAGCACCAAAAGCACACGCUUUUGCGGAGAUGAUAAGAUGCUGGUAGACCCUUUGGUGCUGAAGAAGAAGCUCAAUAGGAUGGCGACAGAGCAAGGGGCCUUUGCUGUUCUCAGCAGCCUGCUGCUGUACGUCACCGAGCUCGUGGCCGGCGAUCCACAGCUCAGCAACAAGAGGACAAAAUGGGCAGAAGGUAAAGAAAACAAGGUGAGUUAUAACCAGCCACGUCCAGAUCCAAACAGGGGCCAGCAUCCCACCAGAUUUCAGCUCUUGCGGUCCAGAUUUCUAAACAACAAUCGUGAGCCGUACACCAAGAAAAGAAGAGAAGUCGGCAAACUGGUCAUUAAAGAGAAGCUGUGGGUGAGCAGGGCUGGUAACAAGCUGGACAGAAGCAGAGACAGGAAAGGAGAUGGAAAAGCAGCGGAGGAGGAUGCAGACACAGCGCCCAGCGAGAGGGCCAGGUGGAGCUGCGCGAGUGCGAAAAACACAGUGAAGGACAUCCUGAAGAAAUUUUUAGCUGCCGAAGAAAAAGAAGCCAAGGAGAACUCUCCCAGCUGGAAGAAGAAGGGGCCGAACAGCGGUUUGCCGAAAAUAGUCAACAGGAGUUCGGUCCUGUCCAAACUGAAGGAGCAGUUUGAACAAAACGCUCUCUGCUCAGCUGCAGAGGUGAAAGCAUCGCUCUUGUGCAAAGGUGAGAAAAAGACUAAAAAAUUCCCGAGUAGAAAAACUAUUCGUAAGCCAGAGGUCAGAGUCCUGCGCACGGCAGCAAUGACAGCCACAGACAUAAACAGUCCAGAAUCCCAAUAUUUAGUGUGCUCCACGGUCCCGGUGCCCAGACUCAGCAUCGUUACCAAAAUUAACCAUCCUUGGAGCUGGUCGAAAAAUAACGCCGCGAAGCAGGCUUUCGGUCAUGAUACACCACUGAAGGAACAGGGGGGGUCUGACAGAGAGCCCGGUGAGAACAAAACACCCGCAAAUGCAGCACAGGACAGGGAGAACAAAGAAGAGUUACCGCUGGCACCUGAGGCCAUGCCUGAUGCAAAGGACCGUGCUGAGGCUAAAGUAGAUUCCACAAAGCAAAGAUCCAACUUUACUCCUAAUCUAGAUAGCUCUUCCACUACCCGUAAAAACAAAGCUCUUGCAGACUGCGUUCCUCCCUUGUCUGAAUAUAGUCUAGGCUGUGACGGGAAUAACAUGCCAGCUGGGCCUGAUACAUCUUCACUAUUGGGGAUUACCAAUGCUGUGCGACGUGUCAAGGAAGACAGCCCACCUUCUAACUCGCCUUACUCUGGCACAGCUGAAGGAUCCCAUGAAGAAAGUCCUCAGGAUACUAAAAGAGGUGAGAUUCCUGAAAUAACUAUGUACGUAUACAGUUCAGAGGAAGUUGACACAGAGCUCACAGAGCCAGAAAAGGAUCCUUUCUUUGCAGGCCAAAAAUGUUUUCCAGAGCAGAAAGCACUGGGAAACAUUCUGCCAUUUCGCUCUCCAGGAGUCCAAGCAUCUCGUGAAGUUGAACCUCCAGUGGAGGAUCGACAGCUAACUCUCCGAACACCAGCUUCUGGCAAAAGGCCACUGAUAAUCCAAAAAGAAGCACCAGGUUUAAGAGGCAGGUGCUCUGAAGAAGCCAAAGAAGGAGCAAAAUACUACAGUGAAGAGAAAAUAUCCUCUACUUCUAGCAAAAAUGCUAGUGAUGUCCCAGCUAAAAAGGAAAAGGAGAAUAAAACACCCAACAGCCAAAUGCAAAAUGAAUCCAAAACCAAGCAGCCACAGCCUCCUCAAAUGCCCAGCCCACAAAAUAACUUUGGUAAUUUCAGUGGGGACAUAUCAAAUCCAGAUGCAAAUCAGACCAAACUCACACUCUCCUCAAAUGAGAGCCAGGAGAAGAAGCCUGGUGCUGCAGAAGAAGAGCACAUCUCUACUCAUUCGGAAAAGACACAAAGCCCUUUGCCAGGUGACCUUGUGAAGCACCGUUCCUAUAUCGCCGAAGAAGAUUUUGGGAAGGACAAAUUAUCUUCAUCAAAUGAAAUGAUGAAUCAUGCAAACAAUCGAGCCCUGCACAGAGGUGCCUUGUCUGACCUGGAGACCUGUCACAAGCCAUCCAAAUCUUUCAUUGAGCGUGAAGAGGCCACUGCAGAUGAGAUGUCCUGGCCUGACUCUGAGGCACGGCAGCCACCCUCGUCAACCCCUUUACCAACACCAAUGAGUGGGAUUGCAGGACAAAGAAUCCAUCGCACUCUUGGAAAUCCUCCAGCCCUUCGACCUAUUGAUCUGGUGAGACAGGGAGCUGGUGGCGUGGGAGAUGAGCAUGCCAGCGAUGGCUGUGAGAAGCAUCCACCACCCUCUUCAGACGAGUCGACAAACCGUGGGAAUGAUACGACGGUGGAGAAGAAAACUGCAUGUGAUUUUAAGAACCAAGUGCUGCCCCCAAAUCAUGCAACAGAAGAUGAAAACUCUACGGCUGAAGAGACAAAUACAUGUCCAAGAUUUCAGAACUGUCUUUCACUUUCAACCAAGAAGCCAGGAAAACAGGAAAAUAAAACCACGCUGGCAAGAAAGCCCCUAUUAGCCUUGAAGAAGAACCGAACACCAACUUCAGAGGAUACCAGGAAGAAAGGAAGUGAUAUGCUGGAAGAGAACCUGUUUCCUUCAUCCGAUGAAUUGGUCUCAGACCAAAAGAAGCAUGCAAAAGGUAAAAAUAAGGUCUCCAAACAUACAAAGGAUAAGCUUUUGUCAUCAGGUGGUGACAUGAAGCAUGAGAGUGAUAGGACAGAGACAGAUGAGAGAGAAGAGAGAAAUGUCUUGCAUAAAUCUGAGGAGGAACAAGUAUUCACACCAAGUGAUACAGGGGAUCAUGAUAAUAACUCUUCAAAUGAGAAGAAUGCUCAUAGACCUCAAACAUCCCAGUCACCUUCAUCAGAGCACGAUACCAACAUUCAAGGAGUGAAAAAUACUGGGCAGGAUUUGAAGCGUCUAACACCUUCAAGAGAUUUUGUGAAACACGAACAUGAUAUGGCAGUAGAUGAAAACGUCACCUGCAAUAAAGGGAAACACCACCUGUCCUCAUCAAAUGAACCAAUGAAACAUGCAAAUGACAGUGCAGGGCUAAAAAACAUCAAGUCAAGCUUCAAGAAUUAUUCAAUGCCACCAAGAAAUACAUCAAGGCAGGACAAUAAGACCACUGAUGAGGAGAAUACCCCUCAUAAUUUGAAAAAUGAACCAGUGCAGCCUAAAAAGAGUUGUGAAGGAGAGAGGAAUACUUCAUGUGAUCCUAAAAAUCGAACACCAUUAUCAAAUCCACUGAUGAAGCAAGGCAAGAAAUCGUCCCCUCUAGAGUCACAGAAAGAGGUGUCACCAGGUGACUUUGUAAAGCCUGAAACUAAGUUGUCCGAAAAAAAGACUAAACAUGCCUCUGAGAAGAUGCAGUCACCUUCUUCAAACAAAGUGCUGAAGCCUCAAGAAAGAAGCUCUUCAGGAGAGAGGAAGCAGAAGACACCAGCAGCGGAGGACACUGGGUCACCUGAAACAAAGUCUGUAAAAGAGGAUAACGAGCACCAGCGUUCUGGGAAGUACCAGCUACCUCCUUCAAGAAAAUCAGCAAAGCGUGAGGAAAACACUCCAGGAGGAGACAAGCAGCAAACAAGAUUUGAAGAUUUUACACCACCUGAUACAGAUGCUGCAAAAGAGAAGAACAAAUUUCCAAUUUCCAAGAAAUACCGAUCAGUAUCGUCAGAAACAUUGGUUAAGCCUCAAGAAAAAAAUCCUCCAGAACAAAAGCAACAAACAUCAGCUUCUGCAGGUUUUAAGAAGCCUGGUACUAACGCUGUAAAAGAAAAAGAUGGAGAUCCAAAUUCUGAGAAGUCACCCUCUUCAAACAAAGUGGUGAAGUCCCCAGAAGAAAAUGCUUCAGGAGAUAGAAAGCAAAAGACACCAGCAGCGGAGGACGCCAGAUCACCUGAAACAAAGUCUGUAAAAGAGGAAAACAAGCACCAGCGUUCUGGGAAGUACCAGCUACCUCCUUCAAGAAAAUCAGCAAAGCGUGAGGAAAACACUCCAGGAGGAGACAAGCAGCAAACAAGAUUUGAAGAUUUUACACCACCUGAUACGGAUGCUGCAAAAGAGAAGAACAAAUUUCCAAUUUCCAAGAAAUACCGAUCAGUAUCAUCAGAAACAUUGGUUAAGCCUCAAGAAAAAAAUGCUCCAGAACAAAAGCAACAAACAUCAGCUUCUGCAGGUUUUAAGAAGCCUGGUACUAACGCUGUAAAAGAAAAAGAUGGAGAUCCAAAUUCUGAGAAGUCACCCUCUUCAAACAAAGUGGUGAAGUCCCCAGAAGAAAAUGCUUCAGGAGAUAGAAAGCAAAAGACACCAGCAGCGGAGGACGCCAGAUCACCUGAAACAAAGUCUGUAAAAGAGGAAAACAAGCACCAGCGUUCUGGGAAGUACCAGCUACCUCCUUCAAGAAAAUCAGCAAAGCGUGAGGAAAACACUCCAGGAGGAGACAAGCAGCAAACAAGAUUUGAAGAUUUUACACCACCUGAUACGGAUGCUGCAAAAGAGAAGAACAAAUUUCCAAUUUCCAAGAAAUACCGAUCAGUAUCAUCAGAAACAUUGGUUAAGCCUCAAGAAAAAAAUGCUCCAGAACAAAAGCAACAAACAUCAGCUUCUGCAGGUUUUAAGAAGCCUGGUAUUAACGCUGUAAAAGAAAAAGAUGGAGAUCCAAAUUCUGAGAAGUCACCCUCUUCGAACAAAGUGGUGAAGUCCCAAGAAAAAAAUGCUUCAAGAGAUAGAAAGCAGAAGACACCAGCAGCGGAGGACAUCAGGUCACCUGAAGCAAAAGCUGUAAAAGAGGGUGAUAAACACCAGUGUUCUGGGAACCAUCAGUUACCUCCUUCAAGUAAAUCAUCAAAGCCUGAGAAAAACGCUCCAGGAAGAGGAAAACAACAAACUGUAUCUGAAAGUUUUACAAAGCCUGAUGUAAGGGCUGUAAAAGAUAAAAACAAAGAUCCAGGUUCUGGAACGUGCCAGUCCCCAUCUUCAAAUUUGCUGGUGAAGCCUCAAGAAAAGAAUGCCACAGCCAAAAAGAAGCAAUCGCCACCGCCACCUGACAAAAAAGCAACGUAUAAAACUGGUAGUCCAGAAAAGAAGAGUGGACCUGAGAGAAGAGACAAAUACCAGCUACGCUCUUCAGCUCAAUCAGAGCAGCUCAGCAAUGACAGCUCAGGAAAGGCAGGCCCUGCGGGCGACAUCAAGAGCUAUCAAGCUCCAUUGCCAAGUGAUGGCCUAAAUUGUAAAAGCAAUACUGUCCCAAAAUACACCAGUUUGUCUAAUAGGGAGAAGUCCCCCAAAUCAUCCUCAUUUCAUGUUGCAUCAAAAGACGAGGAAAAUCCUGCUGGAAAUCGAAAAAAGCAGUCUGGAUUUAAGAAGUACCAAGUGCUCUCAUCAAAGAAUUUGGUGAGGCAUGAGAAAGAGGUUGCUGAAAGGGAGGGGAGCUGGCAGGCAGCUGGCAAAACAAGUGAGGAAAAAGCAGAACUGGAGGACUGCUCUAAAGCAGCGUCAUUCUCAAAAUACACAGUGGAAAGCUACAGCGAAAGACUCUUAGAUUCAUCUUUCAAACCAUUGAUCAUUAGAGUAACUGACACAUUUAAACAUCACAGCUAAAAAAUACAGCUACAGCUUAGGCAAGAACUUACAGCCGAUCAUGCCACCGAUUCUCUCGAUCUUUCUUUUUUCCUUUACUCUCCAGGGCAUUACAUUAUCAUUUUUUAAUCACAAGGACAUUGAUGUGCAUCUAUCUGAGCUGGGCUUUUUUCCUUUCUUAAACAUUAGCCUGAAGACAAGAAUUAAAUUAAUCACUGCAAGUGAAUUAGCUAAUCACUGAAUUAAUCAUCAGUUUAUAAAUUAAAUACGAGAAGGGCUUUGAGAUCAGCGUGAAUUCAGCCCUGCUCCAGACUCUCCUUGCUAACUAAUGGGUUUUGUUUGCAACAAAGACGACUGUUCAGGGUGAAUUCUAUUUGUAUUUACUUAUUCUAAUGAAACUCCGCUAGUACUUCUUCCAGGAAUGGUGGUAGGCAGUGUCAGCUUUAAUUAUGUCAAAAAGUGCUUGUUCUAAGCUCUGCCUUUUCACAGAUUAACAGGACCUGUUGAUCUAUUGCUGCACUGAGUGACGCUGUUAGCAGAAGUAGUGAGGGAAGGAGGGGAAUGCUUCGUUUAUCUGCAGAAAAAUCCUCAAAGGACAUUGAUGCUACAAGAGGACUUACAGCAAAUGCAAAUGUUCAGCCUCAUUAAUAUUAAUAUUGGAAAAAUAGUGAUUUAACCUCCUCUGAAGCUAUUUGCACUUUGGCCAUACACUGUGUGCAUUAUUGUUGUAAAGAUACGCCCUUUCAAGGGGUUCUUAAUUACUGCAGAGGAACACGCAGCAAGCGUAAGUGCUCAGAAAAGCCCGACACUGAAAGGCCCUGAGGACCUCUCCUGCGGACAAUGUAAGCCGGAGAGAGGCAACACCUUGCCAGGGCAAUUCAGAUUUUCUGGGACAUCUGCCCCACUCCGAAUCCCGGGGCACGCAGACAUGAGGCAGGUGCCGCAGCUCACGUAAAAAGUCUUAGGAAGUGUUUAUUCUACAAGGCAAUGUGAAACGGAGCAGUAAGAAGCAGCCAGCGCCACUGAAUCCUGCUGACGGGAUACGAUUUUUUGUGUUUACAGCAGUAGCGGCUUCCGCACAAAGUUUGCGCGUGACGAACGUCGUUUCGGAGAAGCGAGGGCAGGGUUGCUGCCUUGGGUGUCGUAGAAAAGCUGCAACGGGCAGAGAAAUCUUACAGCACCCUUCUCCCAUACAUCGGUUUAGCUUAGCGUUGUAACCGUGCAUUCAGGUUAAAACUUACUGCGGAGCAGCCCUAAGGACCCCCGGCUUCAGAAAGUUGCAGAGCUAUGCGGGAAAAGAGAGGGUUUUACACAAGCAAGGGAAUUUGAUUUUUAGGAGACUCUCUGCGCAGCCCCGACCCGCUGCCAGCAAGGGAAUGAGGACAAAAGGAGGCUGGCAGCAAGCAGAGAUCAUUUAAACCCCUUUUCCAGCACGACGCGCACCAGUCACAUACGUGACAACUGGGCUGGCCCGGCCGGCCACGCUGCCGGGGGGGAGAGGGGAGGUGAACAUCGUGUCCCCUGACUGCCGAAGAGGCUUAGACUUUAAUUUCUUUUCCUUCACCACGUGCCAAGAAUUAGGCUUUCUGGCAUCCGGAGGCUCACAAAAUUAAAAUCACAUAUGUAUAUCACGCCGGUCCUCAAAACAGAGGCUAAACAGAAUUUAUUGGAGGUACAAGACUGCCCUUCUGCGCAGAGAGAUACAGCACUAGGAGACUCAGACGCAGCACCCUACGUUCAGGACAAGUCAGGCAGAGUCAUCUUGUGAGGGUUAACUUUUAGGUUGUUGCAUGACUUAAUCUCUGCUGGUAAGACAUAAAUCAUCCAUCCAAGUGAAUUGACUGUUCCUCCCUGAAGAGCACUUAAAACAUGACAGAGAUUGGCACUAAAUGCAUCCUUAAGGGUAAUGCCUCACUUAAGCAAAUCACCAAGUUUUGUUUCAGGAGUUGAUACAAUUAAUCCUCCAGGAAAGGAGAGAGCAAGACCAUACGAAUUCCAGUGGUGAUGGCUAGAAGAGCAGUAGAAGAUUGGUGUGUCUUGCAGUCAACAGCCCAAAACAAGCCGCUCCAGACCAUGCUGGCAGGAAAUUUAACACUGGUGAUAAGCAAAGAAAAGUCAGAAAUGGGUAUUUCGGAAAGAACAGGAGUUCGAGGAAGGGUACGCAGAUCUACGCCAGCUGUGCCAGAAGGGGUGCAAAUGGCAAGGCUCGGACCUUGACGCCCUUGCCUGAGGGAGAUACGCAACAGAAAAUAAGGUUUCGUUCCCAGUGCCCAGGAAUCCUUCCCGGCCUCCUUUGCCCCAGGAGGAGAGGUCCCGAGCCUCUGCUCUCCUUUGAGCACAUCUCCCACCUUGUCACAGCAGAGGCGGCGGAGGGAGCCCUCCCAGCCUGCUAUUUCACUUUGUCUGACCGGGUAACGGGUAUUUUUGACGCAUCUGCUGGCACAUCUCUUGGCUUUCGUAGUUUUGCGUGGUGGGUAUAAUUCUGUACAGUUCUGUUGCUCCACCAUACUACAGCCUUCUGCUUUACUAAAACGCCUCUUUCGAGGCAAGCAUCUCUCAAGGUCACUGAAGGCAUUAGGUCCUUAGCCCUCACUAAAUGCAGCAGGAGGGGUUUUUUGCCAGUUUUAGUAAUGCUUCCUUAAAGCCCUGGCUUAGCUAUAGACACAGACAGACAAUCAAAACCAGGCCAGGCACACAGAAAAUAAAGAAAAAACAAAGCCCAGGUGGAAAAGGUUUUUCAGCAUUACACCUGUGUCGUGACACAGUUUGAACUUUCAGAUUCUUAUGCAAUUAACCUCUGAUAGAGAUUUUUUUAAGGGGACUGGACAAAAUGAAUGACAAUGUCAUUUCACCAGGUGUAGCCCAUUGCUUUGGAUUCUCCAAAGCAUAGAUUUCCAGGAGCUUUUGAAAGCCUGAAUAAAGGAGGUGUUUGAGGGGAGUCCCAACUCCGAGCUGGAACUGGGGCACCUGAAGGGUCCCAGCUGAAGAAACUGGUCUGAGGUGGGUUCGGUGGUAAGUGGUGGGGUAGAGGUCGGGGCAAGCAGAGAAGCCAUGCAGGCUUCCAGGAGCAGCCAUCAGUAAAGUCUUUCAGAUUUUUUAUGUCCUCUCUAACUAGGCCAUAGUAAAAAUCUUCCCUAGCACUUCGUAUCAGCAGGACACCUCUCAGAUGGGCUUAGUAGUAGGGGAUUCACAGAAGGAUUGGUUUGGGGUGAUUUGGGUAGCCAAGCAUGGACCCAAAAAAACCUGCAUGCCGGUGUGGAAGCACAGUCUCCUUCCCACCAUCAAACACGUGCCCAUCAUCUCCUACAGCAAUGCAGCCCUCGACUGAGAUGCUUGGGGCUCAGCGGGGCAGACCCAGGUCUCCAGAGUCCCAGCUUUGUAAAGAGACCACCACUUUCUCCAAAAGUUUCGUGAAGCGAACGUGAUGCCCAUAUUUCUGGGGCUUCAGAUGCCAAGAGAGCUCAGGGGACCCAGGGAAGGGCUGAGAGCUCCCUCUCCCCCCCCAGCUCAGAAAGCUGUGCUGGAUGAACGUUGCCUCCAUGAAACUGUAACGAAGAGCUCCCGCUUGCUCAUUUCUUUUUUUUUUUUUUUUUUAAGUUGAAAGAGGGCAUAUAAAGCAUAGCUACUCUCAGCAAAAACUGCCCAAGCCCUGAGAAGUUUAGCCAGUGGAAGAACUCAGGCCAGUGCUGUACCAUGAGGCACGAUGGGUCCACAUCAAAGUUAGGAAAUGUGUCACUAUUUUUCUCCAGACCUCAAAACCGGGAAGAAACUGUUGUUCUGGUAGUGCUGUCUGAUUCCAAAUUGUUCAAAUGAAACAAAAAAAAAUUAAUGAAUGCACACUUCUGGCUCUGAACUGUGAAAUAACUGAGUAAUUUAUCAGCAUCUUCUAGAGUCGUUUCUCAGAUGACCUUUAACACAUUGUGCAUGAUAAAAAAGAUAGAGACCACGACCUUAAGUUGUACAAUUUGCUUCAGGUUUUCGUCGUUAUACUUUUUUGGAUGUCAGUGGAGCUGGUAAUAGAAGAAAGCACUAAAGAGAAUAGAAAAGACCUCAUAUUAAAAUGCAGCUCCCCCUUCACCCCCAUUUUAGCUUUUUCAUCUCCACCUGCACCAGCAGAUCCCAGCACACCGGGAUUAUUCAGGAUUUCGGUGAAGCAUCCCGAGGAGCCGCAGAGGAGAUCUCUGGGCUGCUGACAGGAAUAACGCUCCACCUAAUGGCUGCAUUUGUAAAGCAGGGAUGAAGGCAGAGGAAAAGUGGGAAUAGUGGUGGGAAUAGUAGGGAAAUUCAGGGAACCAUUUCUUCUCUUAUUCCUGUGCCGGUAAGGACUGUACAUCAUCCAGAAGGAGCUCAUCUGUGUGACCAGAGAAACCUUACAAGUAAUAACUGGGGAUCCUUACGGCUUUUGGGGUGGGGGGUUGCUCUGUAACACAAGGAAAUCUCUGUUGCCUGAGAAAUAAGCAUAGAGGUAUUAUCAGCUAGUAGGAGAAACAAUUUUAACUACUUCACUCACUAUGUGGUUUCCAAAAUGUGUCGUGUCCUCCAAGCUUUAUUUCUCUCUUUCAUUUCUGUGAGCAUCUCUUUUUAUAGAAUGAAGCAUUUUUCACUCCUUGAUGAGAACUUUCAGCACAGGAGGAAAAUCUUGCUGGGUAUCCGCUUUCCUGCCAACUAAAAGACUUUUUGUAUACUGAAUAGCCAAAGCAGCAGCAGGUCAGUAUUUUACCUCUUACGACCUGAAGGACCUGAAACAGUUUGGGGAAUUGCUAGACAUCUCCCGCUAUGGUGCUUGGUUUGUCCUUACGGUGCGUUCAGUGGCUUGUAUUUCACUGAGCUGCAGGUGCAAGAACAACUUGUAAGAUGGUGGGAUUUUCACUUGGCAAGCAAGCGCUACAGCAGCCUUUCAAAGAUGCAUGUCAUGCAGCAGCAGAAAUAUACUGCCAGAGGGAAAAUUUCCUGAGACAAUAAAGCCAUAAAAAUCUAUAAUGCACUGAACUGGUUAGCCUCAAAAAGCCACCAAAUAACUGUUCGGGCCUAUGUUUUUGAAAAUGGCUAGUGAUUCCAAAUAUCCAACAUGGGACACCUUAUCAAAGGAUCUGAUUUUGGGGGUAAGUGCUCAGUACUUGCUGUCUGAAAAUCAAGCUUCAUUCAUAAGAUGCCUUAUGUUAGGCAACCAAAGCCCCUUCUAAAAAAAUUGACCCAGAUUUCUGAAAUACAGGAGAGUUUCACAGGCACCUACUUGCCCCUGCAUCUACAAAAAAAAAGGCUGUGAACAAAAGAACUGGUGAGCAGGGACCGGCCAGCUCGCCACAGCCCUGUGGGUGAAUGCAGCCAGUGCAGGUUGCUUUUCCCGCGAGGAAUUGCAACCAGUUUCUGCAGACAGCACACCUUUUUGGCCUGCACCACGGCAGUUGCUAAGCCAGUCACUCUGGCCCUUGCAGGGAGGUGAGAGAGUUUUUAUGUGGCUGAGAUGCAGCCUAAAAAGAAGGUGAGUCCUUCCUAUCGCUGUGCUCCCCGAGGCUUCUGGAAGGAAUGAAAGCAAGAAAACUCUUGGACACUGUAGAGCCAGUCCAUCCUUACCAAGAAACAACUGUGUUUAGUCAAGUUACACCAUCAGAGUGAAAUGCUUGUGUCCCUUGGGAUUCGUACCAAUACAACGGACUACCCAAAGGCAGCUCUGGAUUGCUAGCCCCGGUUACUGAGAUCUUUCAUUCUUCUGAAGAAUGGGAACAGUGCGGGCAGCGGUGAUCCAAGCGCCCAAAUAGGGUCCCACCAAAUGUACCUCAGCUCUAACUGCCUCCAGACUCCAGGAAACUUAUCGCAGAAGAACAGAAAUCCCCAAAAGACAUCUUCUUUAUUAACUCAUUUAAAUUACACCCAUCAUGUAACAAGAAAGCCUGUACCAUUGUCAUAUCACACAGAUUUCUUAAUAAAACUGUUUUCCUUCUUA